AUUAUCACUUCUGCCACCAUGUAUCGUAAAAUGAUGCUAAUAUUCUUCUGUGCACUCUUUGUGCUUAUUGCUGCACAAGGAGACCCAGAGAAAGAGCCGGAAAAGGAACCUGAGAAGGAGCCAGAAAAGGAGCCAGAGAAGGAACCAGAAAAGGAGCCUGAAAAGGAACCAGAAAAAGAGCCUGAGAAGGAGCCAGAAAAGGAACCUGAGAAGGAACCAGAAAAGGAACCUGAGAAGGAGCCAGAAAAGGAGCCUGAGAAGGAGCCAGAAAAGGAACCUGAGAAGGAGCCAGAAAAGGAGCCUGAGAAGGAGCCGGAAAAGGAACCCGAGAAGGAGCCAGAAAAGGAACCCGAGAAGGAGCCAGAAAAGGAACCCGAGAAA